UUUUUUAUUUUAAUUAUUAUUAUUAUUAUUAGAAGGUGUGUGUGGUCACCUAAUUCAUAGCGCCAUAGUAUCUAACCCAAAGCUUUUGAAAUUCAUGCAUUGAUUUAAUAGUGCAACAAAUUGUAUCACAAUUAUUUAUGUGAAAAACACUAUGCGAAGUGAUUUAGCACCAGCGCGACACCGACUACUUAUAUAUGUGGUGAGUUCAAAUAUCUGACGUCUGCUGCCACCUUUAUUUACUACUUAAGUUUCCCUAAUGAAUCAAACCUCUAAAGAUUAGACAAUGGAAUGAAAAGCUAAUAACGUCCCAACAACCAUUAGGUGUGAAAUCAUUAGACUCAUCAUUUUCCAGAUUUACAUAUAAUAAGAUGCAGUCGAUUGUUCUUACACUCGCCAUAUUCUUACAAAUUAAUUUUCAGCCAAUUGGAAAAGAAAUUAAUUGAAAAAAAAUGAAUGAGAGAGCAAAUCGUUUUUUAUCAUUAUCCAUAAUGAGCUUCACUGUAUGGGCUAUCUUCCCUCAAGCAGAUUCGUAUGACCCGUUGGAUCCUUUUGGGAACAUAACAAUCAAAUGGGAUGUAAUAUCUUGGACCCCUGACGGUUAUGUGGCGGUUGUGACAAUGAACAACUUCCAAAUGUACCGUCACAUAAUGAGUCCUGGGUGGAGCUUAAGCUGGGGUUGGGCAAAAAAAGAAGUGAUUUGGUCAAUGGUUGGCGCUCAAACCACCGAACAAGGAGACUGCUCCAAAUUCAAAGGCAAUGUCCCACAUUGCUGCAAGAGAAAUCCCAAUGUGGUUGAUUUACUACCUGGCGUCCCAUACAAUCAACAAAUUGCCAAUUGCUGCAAAGGCGGGGUAGUCUCUUCAUGGGGUCAAGACCCAUCCUCUGCCGUCUCGUCUUUCCAGGUCAGCGUCGGCCUUGCCGGGACUUCCAACAAAACCGUCAAAUUGCCCACUAAUUUUACUCUCCUUGCUCCCGGUCCCGGCUACACUUGCGGGCCCGCUAACAUUGUGCCAUCUACCGUCUACUUAACUCCCGACAAGAGACGAAAAACCCAAGCAUUGAAGAAGUUGAAGAAGGCGGGAAUAAACACCCCAAGAAAGGACAAUGUUCCGUUGUUGCAAUGCACGCAUCAUAUGUGCCCCAUACGUGUUCAUUGGCACGUCAAAAUCAACUACAGAGAGUAUUGGCGUGUAAAGAUUGCUGUAACAAAUUUCAACUACCGACUCAACUACACGCAGUGGACGCUAGUCGCGCAGCAUCCUAAUCUCAACAAUGUCACUCAAGUUUUCAGCUUUGAUUACAAACCACUAGUCCCUUACCAGUCAAUAAAUGAUACGGCCAUGUUCUACGGCAUGAAGUUUUAUAAUGAUCUUUUAAUGGAAGCCGGACCUUUGGGCAAUGUUCAGACAGAGAUAUUAUUAAGAAAGGAUAAGGAUAAAUUUACACUUAAACAUGGUUGGGCUUUUCCGAGGAAAAUUUAUUUCAAUGGAGAUGAAUGUCGACUUCCCCCUCCUGAUGCUUAUCCUACUUUACCAAACAUAGCGCACAAAAAUGUCAUGUUUCUUUCAAGAAGUGCAUGCCUUAUGUUCUUGCUAAUUGUUUUUAUCGUGUGAUCAUUUAUUUAGAGAGCCAAAGCCAAUUCACGUAUGGCUUUGGAUUCAUAAAUUGUUAUACCACAAAGUUUUUGUGUGAGGCUUGUUUUUUUGUAAUAAAAGUGUAUACUUAUACUAUUAAUUAUGCUAUUUCUAUUUAUGUUGUU